CAGAGAAAGGCGCGCAACUUGCAUGUGGAAAGAAGCAGACGCAUGGAGCGCAUACUCGGUUUAUGACAGCUGAGCACGGACAGGGGCAGGCUGCUACGCUGUAAUAUAUUUUCUUUCUACAUCUCUGUUCACUGCAUAUGGAUUGCGUUUGGAGACGCUUACCUGAAGCCAUGCUCCCGUGUUUUUUCCGCGUGGGGUUUCGUGGGGUUUUGCUCACAUUUUCAAUUUUAUGCGAAACUGUUGCUUUUAACCUGGAUUUAGAGAAGCCAACGGUUUACAGUGGACCAGAGGGAAGUUAUUUUGGAUAUUCUCUGGACUUUUACCACCCGACCCAGGACAGAAAUGCCAUGUCUAUUCUGGUCGGGGCUCCUAAAGCGAACACCUCUCAACCGGGGAUUGUGGAGGGAGGAGCGGUCUACUACUGCCCCUGGCCGGCAUCAGACCCAGAUUCCUGCCACCAGAUCCCCUUUGAUAAAGCAAAUAACCGGAUGGUUAAAGUGAAUGGCACACGGGAGCCUCUGGAGUUUAAAUCCUAUCAGUGGUUUGGAGCUACAGUCAGGACCCACAAAGGCAAAGUGGUGGCCUGCGCGCCCCUCUAUCACUGGAGGACAGUGAAGGUCAGCAGUGAGAUGGAUCCAGUGGGAACAUGUUAUGUGGCUGUUCAGAACUUCAGUGCCUAUGCUGAGUAUUCACCUUGUAGAACCAAUAACCCAGACCCUGAGGGCCAGGGCUUUUGCCAAGCAGGCUUCAGCGUUGAUUUCACGAAGGAGGGGACGCUGGUUGUGGGGGGACCUGGGAGCUUCUACUGGCAAGGUCAAGUGAUCACAGCAGGAGUAGCAGAAAUACUGAACGGCUAUUCCUUGAAAACUAUCCUGCGCAAAGUUCAGGGAGAGAAACAGACGGCGGCCGCAUCAGACGCGUAUGAUGACAGUUACUUGGGAUACUCUGUAUCGGUUGGAGAGUUCACUGGUGAUUCAGAACAAGAACUGGUAGCAGGGGUACCUCGAGGGGCGCAAAACUUUGGUUAUGUGGCUGUCAUCAACGCAACAAAUCUGACAGUUAUUCAGAAUUUUACUGGAGAACAGAUGGCUUCGUAUUUUGGAUACACUGUUGCAGUGACUGAUCUAAAUGGAGAUGGGUUGGAUGACGUGUUGGUUGGAGCCCCACUUUACAUGGAUCGAGAGUUUGAGAGUAAACCUCGAGAGGUGGGCCGGGUGUAUUUGUACCUGCAGGAGGACGCGCUUCUGUUUUCUCCUCCUAUCAUGCUCACUGGAAAACACCUGUUCGGUCGUUACGGAAGCGCCAUCGCCCCUCUCGGCGAUAUUAACCAGGAUGGCUACUUGGAUGUGGCAAUAGGGGCUCCAUUCGCAGGGGAAGAUCGUAGCGGUCGAGUCUUCAUCUACAACGGGCAAAAGACUGGUCUGAUGCCGAAGGAAUCUCAAGUGCUGAGAGGUGCCUGGGCCUCAUCUGACAUCCCAGCAGGGUUUGGGUUUACCCUGCGUGGAGAUUCCGACAUAGAUAACAACCAGUACCCUGAUUUGUUGGUCGGUGCUUUUGGCGUUGGUAAAGUUGUGGCCUACAGGGCACGGCCGGUGGUCGCAGUGGACGCUCAGCUCAUUCUGACACCCAGAAUUCUCAACCCUGAGGACAAGUCCUGCCGCAUGCCCGAUUCUGAUGACAUGGUCACCUGUUUGUCAGUAAAUGUGUGUGCUAAAAUCUCUGGGAUUGGAAUCCCGGAUUAUGUAGCUCUGAGAAUGGACCUCCAGUUGGAUUGGUUGAAGCAGCGUGGAGCCGUGAAGAGAAUCUUGUUCAUGGAUUCUCACCAGCACCACAGAACCCAAAACCUGGUUCUGGGUCAAGGAGACCGCCAACAUUGCCACAACUACUCUGCCUACCUGCGGGAUGAGGGCGAGUUUAGAGAUAAAUUGAGCCCCAUCAGUGUGACACUGAACUACAGUCUGGAUCAGAACUCCACUCCCCCUGGAUUGCAGCUGCGGCCCAUUUUGGAUCACUACAGCAAGACCUUUCACCACGAGCAGGCAAACAUCCUGCUGGACUGCGGCGAAGACAACAUGUGCAUCCCAGAUCUCAAACUUUCAGCUAUAAUGGACCGAACAGAACUUAUAAUUGGGGAUGACAACUUUCUUAUGUUGACCAUUACUGCAGCCAAUGAGGGUGAAGGUGCGUAUGAGGCAGAGCUUCACGUGACCCUCCCACCAGAGGCAGAUUAUAUCGGCGUGGAGCGCAGACGUGAGGAUCUUCAGCGGCUAAACUGUGAGCACAGGACGGGGAAUGAUACUAGAGUUGUGGUCUGUGACCUUGGAAAUCCUAUGAUGGCUGAAACAAGUUUGUCGGUUGGUUUACGGUUUUCUGUGCAAAGGCUGGAGGAUGCCCCCCCAACAAUUGGCUUUGAGCUACAGAUACACAGCUCUAAUAAGGAUAACUCUAAAAGUGCUCAGGUGAAUUUGACUUUAAGAAUUGGAGCAAGAGCAGAGGUGGAGAUCAGAGGUGUGUCUCACCCAGCUCAGGUGGUUCUGCCUUUCCCUCGAUGGGAACCCAAAGAGAAACCUAUGAGAGAGGAUGAUGUUGGCCCUCAGGUCCAACACAUAUAUGAGUUACAUAAUAAAGGUCCGAGUUCAAUAAGUAGGACUGUGUUGAAGGUGGGUUGGCCCAGCCGGUUCCAUAAGGAACAUCUUCUCUAUGCCCUUCAGAUCAUUACAGACGGUCCUGUUCACUGUAACGUCAAUGGCUCCCUCAACCCGCUGGAGCUAGAGACCUCCACUCUGCAGGACACUCCAGAGUUGCUGGGAUUUCUGAGGAACAGCAGUGGCCCGAUACGCCGUAGACGGUCUGUUUCUCCAGCCCAGAGCUACAAAAGCAAGAUCCUGAACUGCUCUAAUAUAGUUUGCCUGAUGGUGGAGUGCAUUGUGGAUCGCUUGGAUCGAGGGCAAAGUGCAGUGAUUAAAUUCCGGUCUCGACUCUGGGCUCACACGUUCUUGCAGAGGCAGAAUGACCACUACACGCUGAACUCCACCGUGUCUUACCAAGUGACAGCCAUGCCUUACCGGAUCAAAGUGAAUACACUUCCACAACAGAGCAAAUCAAUCGGAACCUUUGUGGUGUGGGCGAUUCCUGACGUUUCCUUUGCCAUUCCCUUGUGGGUGAUUAUUCUGGCUAUAUUACUGGGACUGCUGGUGCUGGCUGUACUUAGCUUAGCUAUGUGGAAGUGCGGGUUCUUUGACCGGGCGCGGCCGCCCAAAGAUGAUGACAUCUCAGACCGGGAACAGCUGACUGCUGAGAAAUCUACAGAGGCAUGACAGAAGACCAGACAAAUGAAGUUAAACAAACCAUGGCGUGAUUUACCAUGAAGAUGAUGGAGUUGUGUUAUGGCUGUGAGAGUUUUGUGGCAUCUUUGUAGAAGACUACAGAUCCAAGCCUCUAAACGAACUACAGCUCCCACACUGGACUGCAAUCUGUGAGCUGGGCCACAGUACCACUCAAAAACAAUCCUAAAGCUUUAUUUAAACGGAGAAAGAGCUAGAACUCUGAACUCGUCACUCCGAUAGAGUUGCAAAAUCACAGGAUCUAAAGAGCUUCAUGUCAACAGUACAAGACAAGAGGCUGAUUUUUGAUUAAUGCAAUUUAUUGUUUGCCAACCCCAUUACAGACAAGGAGGUGGUGAAACACAAUGGUGAUUUCUGAAAAAAUAACAUGUAAUAUCAUCAAUAGAACUCAAGAUCGUAUGAUCUCAGACAAUUAUCAGCUCAGCAAUAUCUGAAUUGUUUUAGACUUCACAUCGACCACGUACACACUUCUUUUUCGCAAGGUUUGGUUAUUUGUGAAAAUGACAACCACAUUCUACAUUACUUUUUCGUAGUAUGUACAGAACAACUAGUUGUUAAUGCAAGAAACCUGAAUAUUAAGAUAAGAUAUGACACUUAAAAAAGACUUCAAAAGUGUAAAUUCUGUGGUCUUUGGCUGGGACUUAAAUUAUUAUAGCUAUCGCCAAACCUUUGCCAAGCUUGUGUUACAUCAUCGGCUUCUAAUAUAGUUUCACUCCAUUCUGUCACAUUUCUACAUGCUUUUAGCCAAUGACUGUACUGAUGACAUAUUGAAGCUUGUACGGGAUCGCUCAAUUAAAUACAAAGAUGCAGGGGGAAGGGGAGGGAUGAGCAGAUAUAAAUAAUAUGUGCAAUAUUGGGACAUUUUUUUGUUUUGUUUAUUUGUGUGUACACUGGCAUCAAAAUGUUUAAACCUGAGGUUCAGGUUGUUUUGUAUAUAAGGUUAAAAUACUUAUUCGUCAGACUGAUGGACUGACAAAAUUGUUAAUAAAUAAAGGGAACAACAA